AUUCAGACCGCCAGAUAGCAGUGAACAAGGUCGCUCAGUAGCGAGUAUAAUAAAAAUCCAGUUUGUCAGGAGACAGAUAAAGAUGAAGUGUAACGUAGACUAUGAAAGCGACACGGAUUUUCCGAUUGAAAAUCUACCUUACGGAGUGUUUUCCACAAAAGAUGAUGUUGUCAAAAGGAUAGGUGUUGCCAUUGGAAACUAUGUCCUGGACUUGAAAAAAAUUAGUCAUUUAUUUACUGGUCCAGAGUUAAAGAAUAAUCAAGAUGUUUUUAAGCAGGAAUCAUUGAAUGCAUUUAUGGCUUUGACUCCAAGUUGCUGGUCUGAAGCCAGAAGUUAUUUACAGAAGCUUCUAUCUGAGGACGAUUCUCCAAUAAAGUCGAUACCAGAGUGCUUAGUGAAACAGUCUGAAGUGGAAAUGCACCUUCCGGCAGUUAUUGGUGACUACACUGAUUUCUAUUCUUCUAUACACCAUGCUCAAAACGUGGGUGAAAUGUUCAGAUCUAAAGAAAAUGCACUUUUCCCUAAUUGGAGACAGCUUCCAGUCGGUUAUCAUGGAAGGGCAAGCUCGGUUGUAGUAUCUGGUACUCCCAUUAGGCGACCUAGAGGACAAACAUGUCCUGAAGGAGCUGAGAGAGCUUCUCAUGUUCCAUCUUCACUCUUAGAUUUUGAACUGGAGGUGGCAUUCUUUGUGGGAGGUAAACCAACCACUCUCGGCACAACAGUGAUAGCAGAGAAGGCAAAUGAUUAUAUUUUUGGUUUUGUUCUUAUGAAUGAUUGGAGUGCUCGAGAUGUUCAAAAAUGGGAAUACAUACCUCUUGGUCCAUUUACUGCCAAGAACUUUGGUACAACGAUUUCUCCAUGGGUCGUAACUGUCGAAGCAUUAAAGCCUUUCAUUGUACCGAAUACCGUUCAGGAACCUGAACCGUUACCUUACCUUAAGCACUCCGACCCUUUCAAUUUUGAUAUAAACCUCUCCGUCAGCAUCAAACCGGAGAACAGCAAACUUUCUACCAUAGUAUGCAGAUCAAAUUAUAAGUGGCUUUAUUGGACUGCGAAACAGCAACUAGCUCAUCAUACCGUGACCGGUUGUAAUAUAAAUCCUGGUGACCUAAUGGCUUCUGGGACAAUCAGUGGAGCGGAACCUGAUUCUUUCGGAUCGAUGCUAGAACUGAGUUGGAAGGGUACUAAGCCUGUGCAGCUGAAGGGAAAUACAACAAGAAAAUUCUUACAAGAUGGUGAUGAGGUUAUAAUAGAAGGUUUUGGUCAAGGGAUUGGAUAUCGUCUUGGAUUUGGAAAAUGUUCAGGCAAGGUUCUUCCAGCACUAAGUGCAUGAAAAGGAUUAUUCACUGAAUAUGAAGUCUAUAAUUUUGAGAAAUUAACUCAACGCCAUGCCAUUAUCGAAUACUAUAUUAAAAGUCUUAAAUAUAGAUGGUUGCAUAGCUGCUCUUUUUCAUUUUAUUAUAUAUAAAAAGAAUUAUCUUUUUUUUUUUAUGAAAAAUUCUGAUAUUUUGCUAAUAAAGUCUAAUUUUUCUGUCUCUCUC